AUGGGUGAGAAAGCUCCGUUCAUCCACUAUCCAGAGGCCCGGCCGGGCCCCACCGUGCCGUACAAGAAUGAGGAGCAGGUGAUCCCCGUCAUCCGCGGCCUUCCCUUGGCCGUCGGCGCCAGUCUUAUCCAGAACAUUGGCUUCAUCCAGAGCUAUCUCUGGGGGACCACUGGCUUCGAUGUCAUCCGCAACCUCCCCCUCGACCAAUACUCCGCCCGAUAUGAUCCGACCGUGAUUCCCGUCGCUAACCCCAAUGCUCCCGCUGCCGACCUGCCAGUUCCCACGCAAAAGCGACAAAGCAAUGCAGGCUACUACACUUCUGCCGACUAUAUCGCUCGCUACACUUCGGGCGAACUGACUCCCCUUGCCGUCGUCGAGACCCUACUCCCCCUGAUCCGCCGCGAUGCCAAACCACCCGGCAAGCACUCGAUCGCCUUUCUAGACUCGCAAGUCGACAAGAUUCGCGCCGCAGCAGAAGCUUCUACACAGCGAUACAAAGAUGGCAAGCCACUGGGCCCAAUGGAUGGCAUCCCCGUCGCAAUCAAGGACGAAGUGCACAUGGAAGGAUACCGACGAACCCUUGGCAGCAAGCUCGACUUCACCGGCGAGUUCACGGGCACCUCCUGGUGUGUGAAGCAAUGGGAGGACGCCGGUGCCAUCGUCAUUGGCAAGACCACCAUGCAUGAGCUGGGUCUUGACACCACAAACAACAACCCCAACUUCGGCACCCCCAGAAACCCCCAUAACCCCGACUACUACUGCGGCGGCUCCUCCGGUGGCUCCGGCUACGCCGUCAGCGCAGGCCUAGUCCCUAUCGCCCUAGGCGCCGACAGCGGAGGCUCAAUCCGCAUCCCGGCCUCCUUCUGCGGCAUCUGGGGACUGAAGACCACCCACGGCCGCGUGAGCGGCUCUCCAACCAUCUCACUGGCGUCCACCACAGGCGUCUACGGGCCCCUAGCCUCCAACAUUGACGACCUAGCCCUCGCCUACCGACUCAUGGCCACGCCAGCCCCGGAAUCCUCAGACCCCGUAUCAGCAUCAUUCCCCUCACCACUCCACACCCUCCCCUCCACCCCAAACAACAACAACACCUCAAAAACUAUCGGCAUCGUCCGCCCCUGGAUCGACCGCGCCUCCCCAGAAGUCCUCGCCAUCUUCAACGCGACCCUCGACCACUACCGCAAGCUUAAGAACUACACGAUAAUCGACAUCACAAUCCCGUACCUCCCCGAAGGCCAAAAAGCGCACGCUCUGACCAUCCUCUCGGAAGUAACCUCAUCCCUCACCCCAUCCCAGAUCUCGCACCUCACGCCCGCCAACAAAGUAAUGGCUUCAAUGGGCAUGUGGCAAAUCAAAGGCCAAGAUUUCCUCGCGGCGCAACGUCUCCGUAACUGCCUCAUGACGCAUCUGGCUCACUUGUUCCAGAAACACCCUUGCUUGAUGAUCGUCACGCCGACGACACCAAUCCCGGGGUGGAAGAUUGCGGGCGGCGAAGCGGAUCUGAAGCGUGGAGUAUCGGAUGGGAAUUCUACGGUCAGGAAUAUGGAGUAUGUCUGGUUGGCGAAUUUCUCGGGCUGUCCGGCGAUUAGUUGUCCAGCUGGGUAUGAUGUGGUGGAUGGUGGAAGGAGGGUGCCGGUGGGCGUUAUGGCUAUGGGAGAGUGGGGGAGUGAGGAGGAGUUGAUUGAGUUUGCGAGGGAUGGGGAGGGUGUUUUGGGUGGGGUUGCUGCUGCUGAUGGUGGUGAGGGUGAGGGUGAGGAGGAGAGCUCGGGGUUGACGGUUCCGAGGGGGGAGGGGGCCGCUUGGGAGGAUGUUAUUGCUAAGGCUAGAGAGGAGAUGAGCUCUUAG